UGACGAUGAUGAUGAUGACGAUGGUGCAGAGAUGGUCAUGGUCAUGGCGGGCGACGUGCGGUCGGCGGCGGUGCACUUUGUCAAGCUUCAUGUUGGCACGCCCAUGAUCCUUCCGCUCGAGCCCGCGGAACAGCCCAAGAAGAAGAAGAAGAAGCGCAAUCGUAGGAAGAAGAAGAAAAAGGACGAGGACGAGACCGAGGCCGAGCCGGAGCCGGAGCCGGUGAUGGACGAGCGGAUUCGGUUCCUCGCGCCUUGGCCGGGCGUCAACGUAAGUGACAGCGAAUGGGUGCCAAUGAUGGACAAUGGGCCUCAGCUGGUGUUGCCUAGUGGCGGAUGGGCGGCCAACGUGGAGCAUGAGAUCCGCCGCAAGCUGCAGAGCAAAGAACCGACGACCAAGAUGCGGAAGGUACAGACGGCGGCGCUCGGCGUGGUGGUCAACAUCCUGGACGGCCUGAUGUCGCGGAGCUACAGCGGGUCAUGCAUCCUGGCGUCGGACGAGUCGCAACACGGAGCAAGCGGGCCCGAACCAUGUGUCCGUCUCCACGUCUUUGGCUCAUCAUCCAACGGACUGGCGCUGGGUAUGGCCGACCUCGACGUGGCGCUAGAGGUCCCACAACAUCUGUCGGGGACGCGGACCAAGGCUGGUGCCCUGCUCAAGAAAAUCCGCAACCAGUUCAUGAAGCGCAAGCAUGGCCUCCAUGACGUCUUGUUCAUCGGCGGCGCUAAAGUUCCCAUCGUCAAGGCCUCUUUCGGCCACCAGCCUGCGCUCGACCUCGACGUCUCGAUCAACAACCUGCUCCCGGUCUUCAACUCGCAGCUGCUUGCCGAGUACAUGGACGACGCACCUGUUGCCAGGCAGCUGGCGCUUGCGGUCAAGAUUUGGUCCAAGGCCCGCAACAUCAACGAGCCGUCGGCAGGCUCGCUCUCCUCGUACGCGUACGUCAUUCUCGUCAUCUUCUACCUACAGAUCCGUGGUGUGCUGCAGCCGCGGCAAGUCCCAACCGGGACCGGGCCUAACGGCGCCAUCGCCCUCGCUGACGUGCUCAACCACACGCUCCCGUUUGAGGGCAACAACAUCUACUUUGGUGAGGCACCUGAUACACCCGCUGCCGAGCACCCGCGGCUCGCCGAGCUCCUUCUUGGUUUCUUUCACUACUACGGGCACGUCUUUGACUCGGCCAAGUACGUGGUGUGCAUCCGGCUCGGGACGCCAAUGCCCAAGGCGGUCAAAGCAUGGGGCAAGACCAAGCGCGGCGGUGAGAAGAUUAAGUUUGUUGCGCCCAAGACUGCCAUGCUCGAGAUCGAGGAUCCUUUCAUCCCCACCCACAACCUCGGUCGCGUUCUCCGCCCGGAGUCCUCGGACCAUAUCCAAAGCGAGUUUCUCCGCGCGCAUGAGCUGCUCGCCGGUGGAGGCACCUUUGCCGCUGUCAUCGACACCAAAGGUGCCAUCGAAGUUGUCAAGCCGCCGGUGCCUGCUUUUGGUGGCCGCGGGAACGGCGGCGGUGGCCGCAAAGGCCGGUCGGGUGGCAAGGGCCGCAGCCAGCAAGGCAACGGACAGAACAGAUCGACCAAGACCAACAAUGAUGGCAAUCGUGGCCGCGGAGGUCGGCGCGGCCGUGGUGCAAACGACGGCGCAAAACGCGGCCGACAGAAAGCAUCGAGCCAGGGCCAGGGUACGAAGAAUCGCUCCCGAGGCGAAGGAGGGCGCGGAGGGCGCGGAGGGCGCGGCGGGCGCGGUGGGCGCGGUGGGCGCAGAGGACGCGGCAGCCGUCAUCGUAAUUGGCGCAAUGGACGCCGUGGCGGUGGAGGCGGCGACAAAGGCGGCGAUGGCGGUGGUGGCGGCGGCGGUGGUGACUCGUAA